AUGAAUUGGGAUGCUUUAUGUUUCGGUGUUGCCACUUUCAUUGCAGGCGUGUUUGUACUUGACUAUGGGGCAGACAAAUUCAUCGACCACACCGUCAUUGCCGGACGGCGCCUGGGCAUCUCGCAAACUGUCAUUGCCCUCCUGACAGCUGGGGCUGAAUGGGAAGAGCUCGCUGUGGUGGUUGCCGCCAUCCUGCAGCAUCGUAGCCCCCUGGCCCUUGGGAACGUCACGGGCUCGACUAUCUCCAACACUCUCGGCGCCUUUUCUUUAGGGUUACUCUUCCAUCCGCAGGGCCUGGAGUUUGACCGCAGCGCAAAGAUAUACUCGGCCCUGUCGUUCGUGCUUACGACGUUCUUCGUGGUGCUAGCAUUCUUCAACCAAUUGAACCAGAUUGUUGGUGGGGUCCUGAUUGCCAUGUUCGCUUUUUACAUUGUGUCUAUCAUCUACACUAUCUACAAGGGGGUGGUCUCACCACCGGAGCUAUCGGACAGUGACAGCGACGGGGAGUCUAGUGACAGCGAUGACGGUGAAGUCAAUCAUGGCCCUGUCUCCGAGACCUCUCCUCUCAUCGAGAGUGAGCAUGCGCCGUCAUUGCCAGACAAAGGGAGCAGACGAAGCAGGAGUCUCACUUACCACAUAUUCCAACUCUUUCUCGGAUUUGUAUCGCUUUCUCUGUCAGGAUACAUCCUCUCUCACAGCGCCGUCACCAUCGCCGACUCCGUGCAUCUCUCGGGAACCGUCUUCGGGCUGACUGUUGUCUCCUUUGCGACUACUCUCCCAGAGAAACUGGUUGCUAUCCUCAGUGGUUCUCGUGGUCAUGGCGGCAUUAUGGCUGCGACAACGGCAGGAAGCAACAUUUUCCUGCUAACGCUCUGCGUUGGUGUCAUCGCAGUGGCGGGGGACCAGAUACAAGAGGCGGAUAACUUUGUCUCUUUUGAGCUGGUAGCAGUAUGGUUGUCCUCUCUGUUAUUUUGCGCUGUAAUCUUCUUGGGACUGGGAAGGAGUGCAGGUUUAGUGCUCUUGGUUUCCUACCUCGUGUUCCUGUGCCUAGAGUUUACCGUUUACCGGCGGUGA